AUGGGACUCAUCAGAGAUGGAAUUGGCCAAGCUCUUGGAGCAAAUCAGGUCCAGACAGGCUUCAACGGCCCCAAGAUGUCUUUCUCGUCCAAACCGAACACCAGCGCAUCCUCUCCUGCUCGAUCGCCCCGACGCCUUCCGCCGAAACCAGACUACCAGACUUACUCGAACUCGAGUGGACUUGAGCGACCAGACUCAUCAGCACCAUACGGUGACUCCUACUCUUCUCGCUCCCCGAGCAAAGGCUAUCCUCAACAAUACGGUCUCGAUAAUGGCCGACCUUCUUCAAGCUACCGGGACAACGAAUCUUGGCCUGGCCAAUCUCAAUAUGCGGACGUCCCGCCAGCAUAUGGAACACAGUUGGACUAUCCAUCCACCUAUAGGAAUGACCAAUCGAUUCGCAAUGAUCCGUACUCGAGGCAGAUUGCCGACCCAUGGAUGAGCGAUUCCUCCUACACACAGCCAUAUCAAGACCAAAGGAGUUCGUACUAUGACAAUACGCAAAUGCAAGGCUCGAGAUCCAUGCGAGGUUCAGGCUUCCGUCCACUUGCCUUGUCCCAAGUCGAGUACGGUGAUGGCAAGCCUUUCCUUCGAGGAUAG